AGAGGAGGAGGGGGAGGAUACACCCUACAGCUGAAGGAAGUAACGUCAGAUGUUGACGUGAAGGGUUUCCUGCCUGGGAAAGUUUCUAUAGGACGCCAUUUUGCCUGAAAGAGAGGGAGAGCACCAAAGGUUGCAGCCGUGCGCAUUUUGAGACACGAUGGCAAGUCCGGGGAAAGACAACUACAGGAUGAAGAGCUAUAAGAACAAAGCGUUGAAUCCUCAGGAGAUGCGUCGAAGGAGAGAGGAGGAAGGAAUUCAGCUCCGCAAACAGAAAAGAGAGGAGCAGCUGUUCAAGAGGAGAAAUGUAUGCGUACCUUCAAGUGAUGAAUCGAUGCUGGAAUGUCCAAUCCAGGAUCCAGACAUCAGCUCCACAGUACCUGUUGCAGGUGAUGGGGUCAUAACCCCAGACAUGAUUCAGAUGAUCUUCUCUGAGGACCCAGACCAGCAGCUCAUUGCUACACAGAAGUUUAGAAAGUUACUCUCCAAAGAGCCGAACCCGCCCAUAGAUGAGGUUAUUUCCACUCCCGGUGUCGUGAAUCGUUUUGUGGAGUUCCUGAAGCGAAGUGAAAACUGCACACUGCAGUUUGAGGCAGCCUGGGCUCUAACCAACAUAGCUUCUGGAACUUUUCUGCACACCAAGGUGGUGAUUGAAACAGGAGCUGUUCCCAUUUUCAUUGAGCUGCUGAACUCUGAGUAUGAGGAUGUCCAGGAACAGGCGGUAUGGGCUUUGGGGAACAUAGCAGGAGAUAAUGCUGAGUGCAGAGACUAUGUGCUGAACUGUAGCAUCCUGCCGUCUCUUCAACAGCUACUUGCUAAGUCGAACCGUCUCACAACGACCCGCAAUGCGGUCUGGGCCUUGUCCAACCUCUGCAGAGGGAAAAACCCACCACCAGAUUUUGCCAAGGUGUCUCCUUGUCUCAGUGUGCUGUCCAGGCUUCUGUUCAGCAGUGAUCCAGAUGUUCUGGCUGAUGCUUGCUGGGCUCUGUCGUACCUAUCUGACGGCCCUAAUGAAAAGAUCCAGACAGUCAUUGAUUCAGGGGUCUGCCGCAGACUAGUGGAGCUGCUCAUGCACAGUGACUAUAAGGUAGUGUCUCCUGCAUUACGUGCGGUGGGCAACAUCGUAACAGGAGAUGACAUCCAGACUCAGGUAAUCUUGACCUGUUCAGCACUACCAUGUUUACUCCACCUCCUCAGCAGUCCCAAGGAGUCCAUCAAAAAGGAAGCAUGCUGGACAGUGUCCAACAUCACAGCAGGAAACAGGGCACAGAUCCAGAAUGUGAUUGAUGCCAACAUCUUCCCAGUACUUAUUGAGAUCCUUCAGAAGGCAGAAUUUCGUACAAGGAAGGAAGCGGCAUGGGCCAUCACUAACGCCACCUCUGGGGGCACUCCUGCACAGAUAAGAUACCUGGUGUCUCUGAAUGCCAUCAAACCUAUGUGUGACCUUCUUACCGUGAUGGACUCAAAGAUCGUGCAGGUGUCUCUGAAUGGUCUAGAGAAUAUCCUCAGGCUGGGAGAACAGGAGGCCAAACAGAAUGGGACGGGGAUCAACCCAUACUGUGCUCUCAUCGAAGAAGCUUACGUAGCUUCCAUGUCAUGUGGCCCUCUGACUUCUGAAAGAGAUUCUGAAAAUGCCUGGACAAGAUUGAGUUCCUGCAGAGCCAUGAGAACCAGGAGAUCUACCAGAAGGCCUUUGACCUAAUUGAACAUUACUUUGGCGUUGAAGAGGAGGAUGCCAGCCUGGCUCCACAGGUGGACCAGAGUCAAGGCCAGUUCGUCUUCCAGCAACAGGAAGGACCCAUGGAGGGGUUCCAGCUUUAACCCCCACCUUACAUCCACAGCCGGUCCUCUUCCUGGUCUCUGAGACUCUGCCAGAGACAGCAGCCUGCUCGCCGCCUUUCAUUUCAUGUCUGCUGGGCCAGCUCCAUCAGCGCCGUCCCAAACCUCCACCUGUACUUUGUCUUCACAGCAACACCGACCCUGGAGAGACAGGGAGAGAUUUGUGAAUAUGGAUGAAAAGUUGGAGCACAUAUGGCACAUCGAUGCUGUUGGAGCAUGAACGGAGGGGCUUUCCAUCCCACUGAUUGGAUGUCUAGGUCACGUACAGUCAGUUCAUGUUCAAGAAAGAACCCUUGUUUCUUUCGUGACACAGUAUGAUGUUCCUUCGACUUCCAGUGAGAUUAUUUUUAUCAUUCUAAACGAUGUUAAUGAUAUUUGUCUCACAAUUAGAAACUGGUGUUACUAAGUCUGCAAUCUGCUUUCACUAUGAAACUACCUCUUCAGUCUUCAGAGAGAAACAGAAGGAAAGAAUAGUCUAAAUGAUUUUUUAAAUUCUAUAUUAAAUAACGUGAUUGGUAUUCAGACGUGGCUGCAGUAGUUGAGCUGUGUGAGGUGUGCAGGCAGGAGAGAAUGUAAAUACUGUACUAAUGUACGUCCUGGUGUUGCCAUACUUAAAGUCUGAUGCAGCUGCACGUGCUCUCUGGGCUUUUCUUCAUCUCCUGUCCAUUUAAGAGGACUUGAUGAGCGCCUGGAGACCUAGCUUUUUUAUUUAUUUGGUUUGUGAUCUCUGUGGAGGAACUCCUCUUUCUCUUUUCUAACUGAAGGCAAGUGCUUCCUGGAUCAUGUCACCAGCUGACUUGCCAAAGUUGGUUUGAAUUCUGUCACAGUGUUUGUUAUUCACUAGUGUUUUUGCUGCUUAUUUUGAAUGUUCUAUAUUUCAGAUAAGCGGUAUCAGGCUAGACAGCGAUCAUUACAUGAUGCAGUGUGUGCAACAAUCUUGCUAGUAAUGAGAUUUAUUUCUUCUUUCCUAGGUUGUGUCUCUGAACUAGCAACAAAAUGUCUCAAAUUAUUUUUUCUGCCUGCGAUCAUUUCCUUGAUGUGAUGGGAUUAGUCAACUGACUAGGGGGUUUGUAUAUUAUAUAUACAUGUAAGAAAGUGUAAAGAAAGUAUUUAAUUGGCUGUGGGAAGGUGUGAUAUGCAACUAUGUUUUGAGACUGAUGCAGCAGUAGUAUUUUCUGUCCUUCCCUCCUUCUCCUUCAUGACUGUUCUGAUUUAUCUUGAGGAGGUUUGUUUCCUCUCAGGUUUUGACUUCUGUGUCUUGAUUUUUAUUUUCCAUGUUUUGAUUUUGUGGUUGAGGUCUAUAAUGGAAGCACAUUGAUUUGUUUCCCGACUUUUGACUCUAACCCCUGAACCAUGAUUUGAUGUAGAUCAAUACAUGUAUAUUUGAGUACAGUGAUCGGUGGCGAACCAAACAAGAAAUCAAUCCAUAUUUACAUGAAAAUGGAAAAUACUUGUAAUGCAGAAAUUACAUCAAGCACAUUAAAUCAUGUAUAGUUUUCUAAAAUUUCUGGUUUGUAUGAUUCCAUUUAGUUUUUUAGGUUUCUUAGUGUUCGGUUGUUUUCUUCUGUUUGGGAAAGAAUUUGCUGCGUUUUUGUGGCUUUCGUUAGAAACUCCAGCAGCCUGUGUACAGGAACAAAUCACUGUAAUCAGCCACAGUCUCUGGUUCCUCACACUGACUGGAGCACAGAUAUGACAGUGCAAGUGAUGCCUGGCUCCCCUGUGUGGGGACACAUACAUACAUUGUGUAACAAGAAUGAAUAAAUUAAUGUGUUGGAUACAAACCAUGCACAGUUGACUGAC